GUUUACUGUUUUAGUAGUUUUAGCAAAGAAUAUAGUAUAUUCUUUGGUUUUAGUUUUAUUUGUUAUAAAUUUGGUCUAUAAAUUAUAUUUAUCCACAUUGCCAUGUUUUAAGAUAUUUUUCUAUUAUUUUUAUUAGUUAUGGAUGUUAAAGAUGAAAUUAAGACAGAGUUUGAUAAAUAUGACCAACAAUGUAUUGAGACUCAGUUAUCCUCAUCAAUAGAUCUGGAAAACUUAAAAAAUGAAUCAGAGGAAGACCUUCCAGCUUGUCCUGAGGAGGAGAAUGACAUGACAAUUAUAAAAACAGAAACAGAAGAUUCAUCUUUUAAGGAAAAAUAUAGGAUUCAAGACCAAGAAUAUAGUACAUUAAAUAAUGAUAUAAAAAACCAAACUGGACAAGGACUUUAUGAAUGUGAAAUUUGUUUUAAGAAAUUUUCUCUUAAUAUUUACUUGAAAAAACAUAUAGUGAUACACGCUGCAGAAAAACCUCAGAAGUGUGAAAUUUCUAUUGAACAGUUGAAACAUAAUUUGAAAGCACAUUUGAUAAAACACGCUGAAGAAACAUCUUACAAGUGUGAUAUUUGUUUUAAACAGUUUUCCCAGCAAAUGUAUUUGAAAACGCAUUUGAUAACACACACUGGAGAAACACCUUACAAGUGUGAUAUUUGUUUUAGGCAGUUUAGCGGAGUAGGUCAUUUGAAAUCACAUAUGAGAGUGCACAAUGGAGAAAAACCUUACAAGUGUGAGAUUUGUUUUAAGCAGUUUUCUCAAAAAUUUACUUUAAAUAGCCAUUUGCGCAUACACACUGGAGAAACACCUUACAAGUGUGAUAUUUGUUUUAAGCAGUUUUCUCUGAAAAAUUCUUUAAAGAAACAUUUGCCUUUUCACACUGUGAAAAAACAUAAGUGUGAUAUUUGUUUUAAGAAGUUUACUCAAAAAAGUAAUCUGAAUACACAUUUUAUGGCACACUCUAGAGAGGUAUGUUUCAAAUGUGAUAUUUGCUUUAAACAGUUUUCUCAGCAAAGACAUUGGAAAAUCCAUUUGCGUGUUCACACUGGAGAAGUACCUUACAAGUGUGACAUUUGUUUUAAACAGUUUUUUUACAAAAGUACUUUAAAGAACCAUUUGCGUAUUCACACUGGAAAAAAACCUUUACAUGUGUGAUCUUUGUUUUAAGCAGUUUUCUCAGAAAAGUACUUUAAAUAAACAUUUGCGCAUUCAUACUGGAGAAACAUCUUAAAAGUGUGAUAUUUGUUUUAAGCAGUUUCUUCACAAAAGUACUUUAAAUAGUAAUUUGCGCAUUCAUACUGGAGAAACACCUUAAAAGUGUCAUAUUAGUUUUAGGAAGUUUGUUCACAAAAGUACUUUAAAUAGCCUUUUACGCAUUUAUACUGGAGAUGCACCUUAAAAGUGUGAUAUUUGUUUUAAGCAGUUUGUUCACAAAAGUACUUUAAAUAAACAUUUGCGUAUUCACACUGGAUAAAAUCCUUACAAGUGUGAUAUUUGUUUUAAAAUUUUUUCUUAAAAAUUUUUAAAAUCACAUUUGACAACACAUACUGGGAGAAGUCUUUAAAAGUGUGAUAUAUUGUGUUAACUGUUUUUUUC